GGAAAAGAUUUAGUCCACUAACACCUUUAGUAUUUAUUCACCGGCUCUGGAAGGAAAAGGCGGCAAGGACUUUAUCGGAUUGAGAAAAUUGACAAGAUAGAAUGUCUGAAUUUACACAGGAAGAAUACGCAGGCAGCGACUAUAGAUACAGGAAAAGAAUUCUAGUUACAAUUUUCUCUCAACCAUCGGUCCCACUGAAUACAAAUUGGACUGUAAAAAAGACGAUGGUGGAAGACAAUAACAGGGGUGAAUCAGACGUUGAUAUUGCUUAUUUAGAGGAUGUUUUUAAAACAAUUCAUUAUCCAGAAAAUGCAGAGGUGCGGGUUAAAACUCGGUUUGGAAAAGAACAAAUUAAGAAAUAUAUAAGUGAUUUGGGUAACCCAGAACAGUAUGACAGUUUCUUCUUUGUUUUUCUCACAUUUCUUUCAUGUGAAACAAAGAAAAUUAGUAGCUCUGUUAAUCAACAACAAGAAUACCAAGAUGAGAGGAUUCAUUUUAAAGAUGGGCCGUGUCCCCUCCAGGAAAUUUAUGACGAGGUGAAGAAAGUUAAAGCAAUGUGGAUGAAACCAAAGAUUUUUCUGAUUCAGGCCGAUGACAUCAGCCUGCUGUAUCCUGAACAGUUUGCCAAAGGAGAAGAGCUUGUGAAACGUGUGAAGAUUCCGCAAGAUGCUGAUCGACUGAUUAUCAUGUCUGAUAUACCUCAAAAGGUCGCGAACCCGCUAGAAGAUGACAGGAAUCAGUCGUUCUUGAUUCGAGCAUUUGGAGAAACUCUGAUUGAGAACAGUCAGGCGAAACCAGAGGAAAGACAAGAUGUGUUGUCGUUGACAACAACGAUAAAUGGUAAAGUAGAUGCAAUGAUUGAAGAACUGAAGAAACAAGACAAAACCAACCAAACAAACCGGGCAGCAGAUAUGAAAGUUCCACUUGUUACAUCAACUCUGACAAAAUUGGCGAGGAUUUAAAAGGAACGGGUUUGAGGUUUAGAUGAUAUGAAAUUUAAUGAUGUUAUGUACUGACUACAUGAUUCGCUUAAGCGACAUUGUUACAAAAGUUUUCGUCACUUUAAUGUUAAAAAUGGAGACUCAAAUUUAUUUCUUAUGGUUUGCUGUAAACGAUGUCCUGUGAAAAUUACGAUAAGCAAUAUUCUGUCUAUUGGUAUCGGCAGAUUUUUAUCAAGAACAAGAUAUUGCUGAUAAUUUAUAAAUUUCAUACAAGUUCCAUAUGUAGACCGGUUUCGGGGACUAUAAGAUUGCUAAAACCGUCCGUCCGUCAGUCAGUCGGUCCAUGUUUUUGUGCCCGGUCCAUAAUAACUCUGCCAUGCAUCACAGAAUUAUAAUAUUACUUGGUAUAAAUGUUUCCCAAAAUACGACGACGUGUCAUGCGUAGCAUUUAGACCCAUAGCUCAAAGGUCAUUGUAACACUUGAAUGUCAAAGGUCGAUGGUUUCCUCUCUCUGGACCCCCCCCACCCCACAACUCAUCCAUCCAUCCAUCCAUCAAGGGGUUACUUGUCACAAAUGUUUCCCAAAACGAAACAAUGUGUCAUUCACAACUCCCAGACCCUUAGCUCAAAGGUGACAUCACUCUUGUAAGUCAAAAGUAAACAUGGUAUUAACAGGGACUGUUUCGUGUCCGGUCCACAACUGUGCCAUCCAUCAAGAGAUUUUAUUAUUAUUUGCACAAAUGUCCCCCAUAAUGAGACGAAAUGUCGAGCGCAACACCCUGUUUCAUGGCUCAGUAGUGCGUGUCAUACUUGUAAGCCUUUAUUCCUGUCCGCUCCAUAACUCGACUAGGCUAACCAUCGUAGAACUUUGAUAUUACAUGGCAGAAAUGUUCCACAUAAGGGGACGAUGUGUCACGCACAACACCCAUGUCGUUAGGUCAAAUUUUAGAUAUUUUUUUGUUUGACAUGCAUAGAUUGAUAUUCAAAUAAGUUGCAAAAGCAUGCACUAUAACAAGACAGAUUAUAUGCGUCAUGUGCAGCACACAGACACGUUCCUCAAAGAUCAAGGUCGCAAAUGAAGGUCAAAUUAGAUGUAUUAAGCACAUAAAUCUCAUAUCCUUUAAAUUAUCUUAUUAUAUAUAUGUGAAUAAGAGUAUUUUGAGGUUAGAUGAUAGUAUAUUACUUUUAAAUAACCGGAGAUAGGAUUAACAUUUUAUUAACUCAUUCCUUUUAAGUUAAGGUUUAGGAUUAUGUCAUAUUCAAAUAACUUGCACAAAAUGCACAAUAACAAGACUAUGCGUCACGUGCAGCACACAGACACGGUCCUCAAAGACCAAGGUCGCAAUUGAAGGUCAAAUUAGAUCUGAGUAUUCUGAGAUUAGAUGAUUGUAUGUCAUUUUUAAAUAACCGGAGAUAGGAUUAACAUUGUUUAACUCAUUCUUCUUAAGUUAAGGUUUAGGAGUAUAUCAUCAAAACACAGAAAUAUCUGGUAAACAAACAUCAUCUUUACUAACAAUCUACCUGUCCAUUACAUAUUCUACUGUAUUGUCCCGUACUUCUUAUUAAUAUAUUUAGUUUAAAGCUGAAGUUUUGUAAAAAUAUGUAUGCAGUAUUGUUUUUAUUUGAGGUAUAUACACAAAUGUAGAUUGAAGGUGGCUUAUAGGUCCACUUGGUCGGGUGUUCAUUGAAAUAUAUAUGUUAUGUAUAUUGUAUAACACAUGUCAUUGUAAUAAAAUACUUGCUUGCUUCCCUA